AGCCGCAUCUCAAAUUUUCAUUUCUCGCGCUCAACUCCCUUCUUCUUCCCUUACCUUUCCCUUCGUCGUCCCCUAACGAAAAAACCUAAGCCGCAUCUCAAAAUUUCAUUUCUGUUGUUCGCGUCCCGUUCUCCUCUCCUCACUUCGAACACUCUUUCUCUUCGUUCCUCUACAUCGCCAGCCACCACCUCCUUCAUGCCGACGCUGUUGGUGCGGUGGUUGCGAUGGUUAUUGCGUUGUUGUGGUUGAUGGUGUUGUCCUGCCUCCGUGCUCGGCUUUCCUCUGUUUGUCGCCGCCAAUAAUGGUGGCCACCAACACAACAUCAUUUGCAAUCUAUCACUAAUUGCUAAUUAUGUUCUUGCUCUCCCCUUCCCUCUCCUCCAUUGUUGCUGCUUGUUUCUAGCCCAAGGGACUGGAGAAGUAUGUCAUGACAAAAUUAUUUACUCGUGUUUUCGCUUCAUUUCCUGAUGAUGUAAAGAUUGAUGAACAGCUUUCUGAAAAGAUUGCUUUAGUUCAGCAAUUCAUCCACCAAGAAAAUCUGGAUAUCAUGCCAACCUUUCAAAAUGAGUCAUCGUGGCUGUUUACAGUGAUUGCCUGUGCAGCUUCUAGAGUUUUCCCUUCUAACAUUCUUGGAAUUCAACCUGGAGAUGCUUUCACUAUGCGCAAUGUGGCGAAUCUGGUGUUUCCUUUUGAGACUGGGCCCCCAGAGACAAAAGCCGCACUUGAAUUUUCGGUUAAUACUCUUCAGGUAUAUACUCCGAGGAAUGCGCCUUAUGUUAGUGAGGAAAUUGAUGUGGUUCGUGAGCAAUGGGCUAAGUUUUUUACCAGCAAGUAUUUGUUAUUGGCCUGGGCGCUUGAUCGAGUUGGUUUAGAUAUAAUAGAACAAUCUUUUAUAUUAAAAUGUAUGCGUUCGUUGAAAUUGGAACGUACAUAUAUUUAAAUGUAUGUGGUACGUGCACUUUGGUUUUGGGAUUUAUACAAAACAACAGCCUAUUGUUUUUA